UUAAUUUGAGAUGGAUGAUCUGCAACUGUUUUUUUGUUUGUGGCUGCAAAUAUACAACGUUGCUCUUACGUCUCUCGUCUUUCUAUGCAGCGCAACACAUUUAUUUAUAUUUUAAUUUAAUUUGAUAAUUAAAUAAAAAAAUAUAUACAUUCAAUUUCGCCUCUUUUCAUUUUGCUCUUACUUACCCCCUUUUGCAUUAUGAUUCCCUCCACUCGAAUUCUCCAUACCCAACUCACCAACACCGAUUCGUGAAAAAAAAAAAAAAAAAAAACUGGCCGGAGGAUUGUUCUCGGCUCGCCAACAAAAAUUGAACAAGACGGAGAACUGUAAUUUUCGUAAAAAAAUAAAAAAAUUAAGUAAGAAAGAGUGGAAUCUCUGCUUGGGGGCAUUCAUACUUGAUGUUUAGAAGCAAAAAUGUUGCGGCCCGAAUUUUCGAGCGCCAGAUUUCUACCCCUGCUCCCGGCACCAGUGUUCACUGUGCCAGAAGAUUUUACGAGAACAUAGUUCCAAGUCAUACAAUAUUCGACAUCGAAUGCCCGGACAUUCUUUUUCGUAAAUUCAGCGACGAUGGACAGUACCUUAUAACCUUCAGCAGGAACCAUCAGGACCUCAUAGUUUACAGACCAACUUGGCUGUCGUUUUCUUGCAGAGAAAGCAACUGCCACAAUCAAGAUCUUCCUUCCAAAGCCAACAAAUUCGAGAGCUUUUUCACCCAAUUGUACAGUGUCACUCUCGCUUCGAGCGGCGAGCUUAUAUGCAAAGACUUCUUCCUCUACACGGAAAAAAAUAAAUUCGGCAUAUUCGCGACUUCAACUCCACAAAUCCACGAUGCGCCAGCUGUCGGAGGUGCUAUCCAAGGAAUCCCGUCAAUUGAAAAAAUAACAUUUCACCUCGUAAGAUUGGAAGAUGGGGUUAUACUCGACGAGAGAGUUUUCUGCAAUGAUUAUAUCAAUUUGGCGCAUAGCAUGGGUGUUUUCUUGUACGAUGAUUUACUAGCUAUAGUGUCACUCCGUUAUCAGAGAAUUCAAAUUCUUCAGAUUAGAGAUUCUGGGAAUCUUGUUGAUGUGCGUUCCAUUGGAGAAUAUUGCCGUGAAGAUGAUGAGCUUUUUCUCAAUUCCAGUGCUCAGUCUAUGUCAAGUAGAACUGAUAAUGUAGCGAAUGGUUCGGAUCAUAUACAGCAUAUUCCAGAAGCAUCUUUUUUGAGUGGUUUGAAACAACGCCUUCUCUCCUUCAUAUUUCGAGGAAUUUGGAAUGAAGAAGAUGAUCCAACAUUGAGAAUGCAAUGCUUGAAGAAGAAGUUCUAUUUCCAUUUCCAAGAUUAUGCUGAUUUGGUUAUAUGGAAGGUCCAAUUCUUAGACCGCCAUCACCUAUUGAUCAAGUUUGGCAGUGUCGAUGGUGGGGUGGGACGAAAUACAGAUAAUCACCCUGCAUUCUUUGCUGUAUAUAAUAUGGAGACAACAGAAAUCAUUUCUUUUUAUCAGAACUCAGCGGAUGAGCUUUAUACAUUGUUUGAGCUGUUCUGUGACCACUUCCAUUCGUCAUCAAAGAAUUCAUUUUACAUGAACUUUUUAUCAACUCAUUCAAACAACAUUCAUGCCCUCGAUCAGUUAAGAUGCAAUAAAACUAAAGCUACCAGCUCCCCUCAGUUUGUGAAACAGAUGUUAGCAAGUUUGCCUUUCAAUUGCCAGUCACAGAGUCCUUCACCGUAUUUUGAUCACUCCCUUUUUCGAUACGAUGAAAAGUUGAUUUCAGCAACUGACCGACACAGACCGUCUACUGACCAUCCCAUCAAAUUCAUUUCAAGGAGACAGCCUAAUAUUCUUAAAUUCAAGAUCAAACCAGGACCCGAAUCAGGAAGUGCUGAUACACGGACGAAGAGGAUCUCUUCGUUUAUAUUUCAUCCAAUUUUGCCACUAGCAAUUUCUGUACAACAGACCCUAUUUUUGCAGCCUACAGUUGUAAAUAUUCACUUUCGUAGAUAAUAAUCAUUUCCAUCAAAUUUUAUACUAAUUUCAAUUGGUGAUGGAUUCUUAGGUACGUAGUCUGAAAUAGAGACGAAGAACGAACUUGUACAUUUUUCAUGUAUUCCGUACAUUUAUACCCAAUUGAUCUAAUUGUUGCUCGA